AUGGAUUCGAGACAACGACCAUUGCAGACCUGUUGGAUUGCCCUCUUGGAAAUUUCUAGCAAAGCCUACACAACAGCAUCCAGAAACUAUAAUGGCGAGAAUCUGGUCAAUUUUGCUUCUCCUUCAGUAAUUUGCGCCUUGCAAUGUAAGAUUCUUGCAAUUUUGGCAAUUUUGGAUGACGGGAUUUUAAGGAUAGAAAGCUUGGCCGAGUUCUUUUUCCCACCAUUGAAGCAAUUUUUCGACGGGAUCGAUGAGCUUGUUAAAUCGGCAGAGGGUCUCCCCGAGAAGCUAGAUGAUACAAUCAAAAAAUUCCCGACUUUGGUUCAUCAAGUUCCAUUUCUGGAUUGGGCAUUAGUCCGUUCUAUUUAUUGGUUGAGAUUCCUGAUAACUGUAAUGAGUAAUUUUGGUAUAGUGGGUGUGAAGGAUAAGGAUAUCAAUGUGGCUGGUGUCAACAAACCUAGCAACGAGGGAUUAAUGGGCAAAAGGAGGAGGAAGAAGACAAAGAAGAUGGAUGUUCAAAUCAUAACAAGUAAAGACGGGUUGAAUCCGAGUGAUCAACUAUUGGCCACGAAGCAAGCAAUCACCAAUAAGAAGUUGACUAGCAACAACCCUGAAAUGGUUGAAGGAAAAUCGAAAAUUAUCACUCAACACAAUGACGUUCAGACAGUUAUGAUAGACAGAUUAAUGGUCCAACAGGAGGCUGAUCGUCUGACAAUCUUGGCAGGCAAUGAAGUAAUGGAAGUUCAUGGUAGAAAUGAAAAGAACGAUGAUUCUCUAGGAGUCGAUGAAAAAUACACUAACAUUGACUCCAAAGCAGACGAAGAAACAAAAGAAAGUGAAUCAACAAGAAAUGACGAGCUAGUGAAAAUCUCUUAUCGAGACAUUGAUGAUCAAACAUUUAAAGUAGAUGGACCGACGAUCAUACAAGAGUCGGUUCAUCAAACGUUUCUGACAACCAAUGACGAGCAAAUUGUUGAGGAUACUGCUCAAAACAAUGACAACAUUCAAAGAAUAGACAAGAUAUUGACUAGCAAUGACUCCAAAGCAACGGAAGGAACAAAGAAACAUAUAUUGACCAGCAAUGAAAAACCAAAAAUUACAGUUGAAGGCAUUGAUGAUCAAACAUUUACAUCAAAUGGAUCAAUGGACGAAAAUGGAUAUGACCAUCAGGCAUCAUACACAAGAAAUGAUGAGAUAAUUAUUCAAAAGAAUAAUGAAAACAAUAAUUUUGUUCCCGACACCGAUAAAAAAUCGCAUGACGAUCAUCCACGAAUGGCUGAAGGAACAGUAAAACAACUUGGACUAACAAGCAAUGGAAAACAAGGGAUUUCAACUCAAGUGACUGGUGAUUUGACAUCUUAUUUGAAUGGCUUCAAAAUCGAACAAGCGACGACUGAUAAUCCAACACUCCCGAUGACUCAAGAAAAUGGUGAUCAGAUGAUUCCCUGGAAUGAAUCAGAAAUUGAUCAAUCGGUAACAAGCAAUGGGUCAACGCUUGUUUCAGAGACCGAUGAGACAACCAUGGAUUCAGAUUGCAGUCAGUUCAAAUCAGGCCGCAAAAUUUUUGCCCCUUUUCGAAAUGAACAUAAUGUGGCAGGAAUUCCAGGAACCAGCUCGUCCAAUGUGAUCAAAGGAAGUUACAAGGAUGUUCUUGCGAUGGGGAAACAUGAGAGCAUAGAGGAAAUCCAUAGGCACAAAGGAUUGAGGCCCGACAAGUCAAGAAGACAAGGAAAAAAGGUGGCAAAAGGUACUCAUGAAGAGAACAUAGAAGGGAAAGGCAGAAGGAAGGGGAAAAAGAAGAAGGUGGAUAAAAAAAUAUAG